GUCACUCUACAGUCUGGCUAGAACUGUCCUUCUGCAUCUAUGUUCUUGGUUGGGGUCAGACCCUGUGAGAUCCAGUAAUCCAUGGAUCCAUGGGCUCUCAUCCAUGCUGCUUUGUGUACUGUCCACCUGAUUGAAUAAUCUCAAAUUCCUGAGCUCAAAAGUCAAUGGGAAUGGGAGACGGUACAACCUGGGGAUGGGUGUUGAAAUACUUUUUUAAAGCAAGUAUAAGAUUAUACAUUUUUUAAUUUCCAAUUCAAAAUUCUUUUUUUUUUAUUAUUGCUACUUCUGCAAAGUGCCUGCAGAAACCACCAUUAAAAAUAUUUAAAAUAAUGUGAGCUGAAUUCUACAUUUUACAAAUGCUUUAGCACCUGAAUUUGAAUUAGCCUUAGGCUAAUUAGUAUGAGAGCAAGGCAGGGUCUGUUACUGGCCUGUAUCAAAGUAAAAUACAGGGCGUUAUAGUAACUAAUGAUUCCUGUUUUUUAUUUUCUUUGUUGUUUUUAUCUUCUCCCUCUUCCCUCCAUUUUAUUUGAAUCUUCACACUUCUACACUGGUGUGUUUGUGUGUGUGUUUCCAUUGUGCUUAUAUUCCUUCACGCCUGCAUGGGUAUAUUUCCCUGCCUUUCCCAAAAAUACACUGGUGUGUAUGAAUGCUACCUACUUGCUGGUCCCUUGGAAUGUUGCCUGGUGCUCAGGGGAAGAUGGCUGGGUGUCAGUGGAGGGCAGCACUGAAACCCCAGCACCACCAUGUUCCAUGGCACAUAAUGAUUGUCUGGGGGUGGAGCCCUGCAGGCCCUCACAGACAGUAGCCCCUCCCCCAUGCAAUCACUACAGGACUAAAGUUGGUAGGAUGAGAGCAGUAGAACUCUCUUUCCUUGUCUUUCCCGACGGGGCAGAGGACAGGGCAGUGCUCUUUGGCCCCUCCCCUCUCCCGCAAGGCUCCGCCCCGGCAUCCCCAGGCUCUCGGAGUGACUGUAGCAGCGGCCCUGAGCGCUGCUGUAUGGAUGAGAGCUGGUUUGUCACCCCUCCCCCCUGUUUCACUGCAGAAGGGGCCACUGCUGAAACCAGCCCCAUGGAGGACCUCCUAAUUGAGCACCCCAGCAUGUCCGUCUACGUCUCCCCUAGCAACCUGUCCAUCGUCGAGGAGAGUACAGCCAGCCUGGCCGUCAGCGUAAGCAUGGUGACGGAUCCUGAGCCCCCUGCUGUGCAGACCAGCAUGCCCCGCAGGGUGACCCGGGGGGCAGCCGCACAGGCAGGGCCCCUGGCCAAAGUCAGCCAGAUGCCCCGCGUGCAGCGGGCCAAAGCUCGGUCCGAGCGCCGCCAUCUCAGCCGCAACCGCGUGCAGCGGCAGAACCGCGUUCGGGAGCAGGCCCCCCGCCACGGCGCCCACGGCCGCGGCCCCUUCCUGCAUCAGCCAUGCCAGCGUAGCUGCAGCCACUGAGGAGCCUGGAGGGGGUGCUGUUUACACCGAGGGCAUUAUAACUCCCUCACCCACACCUUAUCACCCCCUCUGCACCUUCUCCAGCUUCCAACUUCAUUCUCAACAAGCCCUCCCUCCUUUACAUUUAAACUUUUCCUGUUUUUGUCUAACCAGGGUACCUGUUCUCAUUGUAAUAUUAGAAAGAAAGAGUCACUGUUACAUGCAUGUCUGUUUCACUCUUCUCUUAUAAAUGCUAUUCAUUCUUUUCUCUCUCAUUCUCCCCUAAGGGGAUGCAUUUGACCCAAACACCCAAGGAAUCACUGAAAUAGAUUGGGCCUCCUAUUUUAUUUAGCAGUAAAAUGUAGGAUGGCAUGAAAUCCCAGGUGCUUUAAAUAUUUAUCUGUGUAGGCAUCUCAAGAAGGCUUUAAAGCUGAGCGUAGAGAGGUUAAAGGUUAAAACCUUGUCUUUAGGUCUCUGGGCAAGGACAGGCUUUCCUCAAAGACACUUCUGCCUUGAUACAGUGUAUGUGCGUGUGACUGUGGGUGCAUGUGUGCGGAAGUGAUCAUAUUUAUAGACAGGGGUCUUUACAGAAAAGUCAGGACAAGGACAUUCAUGUAAAGUCUUGUUCCCUCAUUUGCUUUCAAGCAUGAAUUGAAAAGUUUUUUUUUAUCAUUUCAAAAAGGAAGAAAAGAAUACCGUGAAAUGUGUUAAACUUCCUUCCUCUGUCCUUGGAGUGAUGAAGGAUCUCAGGUCAUGUUUAGUGGGACUUUAUUCUGUUUACCCUGCAAGGAGACAAUGGACAAAAAUGGCUACUCAGGGACAGGGGAAGGGUUUGGACACAGAGGGUUAAAUGCAGGUAGAGGAAUGUGAGAGCAAGAUUGACUAAAAAGGAUGUGCAUCAGGGCUGUUCACAUUUUAAGAUUGCAUACAAAUGUACAUACUGCUCAUUCACAUAUUGUUUUAUAAAUGACUUUUGGAUCUGGCUUGUAUGCAUCAUUAAAAAGAAGAACCUGGCCAUCAUUAAAUGGCAUUUUGGAGAGCCCUGGUGUGCAUGAAGUAGGGAACUGGGAAGGAAAUGUGCUAUGUGAAGAGUAACUCUUUGAACCAUUUAAUGGAAGUUUCAUUUAUCUGAUAUCUCAUCAAUAUAGCAAUAAUCACAUGCAAUAAAGCAAUUUAUCUCAACAUAUGCUACAGUACUAUGAAAGGAACAUUUUCUCAUCAUGUCUUUCUGUUUGAAAUGCUGAUUAUGUAGCAUAACUGUGACUUAAAUCUCUUUUAUUACAGUUUAUCUCGUUGUAUACUAUUAGAAAAUCUGCAUAUAGAGGUGAUAAGCAACGUAAAUGAGAAUCUCUUGUUUUUUGUGUUCUCAAAAAGUUUUGUUUUUGGGUUCUUACAGGGUUGUGGGAUGACGUGUGUUAAGUAAGUUAAAAGACGGUAUAGGAGGCAAAUCUUUAUUUCUUAAUUCUUUCUUUUAUUUAAUUUGUAGGUUAUCAAGACUGAAUAAACCUGGAGGUAUUCUAGGGUUCCCUUUUUCCAGUGUCUCUCUGUGAAAGCCUGUCCUUGUAGUGGCUGAGGUUAUGACGAAAAGCACUUGAUGCCGUAGUCAUGCAAAUCCAAGUGCUGCAGUUUGGCUGAGUUCAUGCCAUCACUGUGAAACAUCCAUACCUUAAGAAGGCAGAGGGAAUUAUUUCCUCUUUGCACCUCCAACAUUUUUUUCUGUCAAAACACUACCAUUUCCAUGACCUCACUCUUGCCCAAGUGACAUCCUAUUGAAGCCAAUUCCAUCUUUUUGAAACAGUAUUAUGAGCGUGCUUGGGGAGGAAGCCAGUCUCUAUGUCCACUGCCCCCCUGUGCCCCCCUCCCCCUUCUGCUUUCAUGGAUGUUUCUGCUCAGUGUUACUUUGAUCUGUUUCACUGAUUUUGGUUCAAACUUGCAGUCUCCAAGGACAGUAUGUUUCUGACCCUGGUGUACUUUUCCCAUGACGUCUUUCUUUGAUAGCACAUCCAAAUGUAACCUUGUCCUCCACCUAAAGAUAUGCAUAUUUAUUAAGAAUAAUAGUAAAAAAAAAAAAAGCUUAGCAUUAAGUAUGGUGCUGAAGUAUAUGAAUAUAUAUACUAAAGUUUGUAAAUUGAAAAUAAUGGAUCUGAGUUUGCAUUUUUUCGUCUUAUCUUUUUGUGAGUUUUAGCAGUGUGCUGUGCGUUGUUCCUAUCUGAGAUUUGUGUGAGAGAUGUAUGCUUUUGUGUACGGGUUAAAAUGUGCAUUUUUAAAAGCUAAACUAAGAAUUAUUCAUUUGUUUUCUUGUAUUUAAAAGUUUGUAUCCCUGCUCUUAAGAGAUCAAAGUGUCAGAAGUACUCAGGAUAUAUUUCCUUCAUCUCCCCACUUAACAGCAUACAUCAGGACAGACUAGUAUGUCGUUUCAAUAGUUUCAAGAUACAUUCUGAACCCCAGUUUCCAGUUAUAGUUGUUGAAUUCACUGAUGUAUUCCACAUGAGUCAACCUUAUUACCAGGAAUUGUUUCAAGAUUGCCCCUAGAGGUAAUACGGAGAAUUGGUCAAUUCAAUUUGAGAUGGCCAUGUCUUUGUCAUCAUUACUAAGACUGUUGGGUCAUUUAAGUAAUUUUAAGAUAAAUCCAACACUUUCAGAGAGAUCUCUUGAGAGUUUUAAUGUUAUGGGGAAGCUGUUUCAGUUAGCACAAAAUAUGAUUUUUAGUAUCAUUUAUCUGUAGAAAAUCAAUAUUUUUUCUAACACAAACCAGCAUUUCCCUAUAUUGUUGCUGCCAAUUCUAUCACAUAAAUUCACUGUGUGUAUCUGUUUGAUUAUUUUAAGACACUGUUGGGAAGCCCUAAAUGCAUGAGCAGUGGUAUUGUUUGAGUAUGUUACCUGAAAGUAAAUGCACUAGCUCCCUGUGGUCCCCACUUGGGUCCUUUCAGCCCUGUUUGGCCCACUUUUUACUGCUAAACCACAGUGCCUCUAGGGUUGAUAUUCUGACUCAGUUCAUGGUGCUUCUUAUAAAGAGGUCCCCUGGGGACCACGGGACAUGUAACUCUGGAGCUACAGGGGCCCACCCUUAAAGGGGGUUAGCUUUGCUUGGGGCCCACCACAAUGUCUUCAUUCUUAUUUUCCUUUACUCACCUCUGGUCCCUUUUUGUUUUUUCUUCUGUGAUGUAAGGUAGAGUGGUUUUGCAGGAUCAUGUAACAGAACAGGUCCACCAGGUCUAUGUGUGUGUAAUGUGAGUGGCAGUACGGGGAGGGGGAGGGGGAGGCAGUGGAGGGGAGAACUUAGAUUUAAUGAUGAAAUGAUGAAAAAUAAAAUGCUUGUAUUUUGUCCUAUUGUUAUUAGAACUAUUGUUACUAUCAUAUUUCAGAUAUAAGGGUUGAAUGUUGGGGGAUUCUAUUUGCUUUGCACCCUUCAAAUAUGGCAGCUUCAGAGAAAUAUACUGAACACCAGAUGCAUCCAAAUGAUUAAACUGGUUAGGGGUUUACCAAUGUGUUGCGUAACACCCCCCUACCCCAACCCCCACUCCACACACACACACACACACACACACACACACACACACACACACGAAAAAAAACAUAUAUAUUAAAAGAUUGGUGUAUCUGAUAUCUAUGGUGAUUGUGCCUUUCAAUUUUCUGCAUGGAUUUUGUGAUGUACUGAUUUUUCCAUCCCCAGUGGACAGAAGUCCAUCAAUAGUAGAGACUUAUGCAAACAAAGGAUGGGGUUCCAGCAAUCACUCUGAAAUGCAGGUACCAGGCAAAAAGAUGAAUAAAGACUCAGGUUGACACCUGAA